UGAAGGAGUCCUACUUGAAAGGAAAAAUGGAGACAAGGCAGCUGAAAAGAGAAGUGGAAGCCCUCAUUGGCGAUUACAUCGGGCAGAAACUCAGAGAAAAGUCAUUUGAUCCGAAAGGGAAGGGGACCUCCACGAUGCUGGAUGACCUGGCUCACUAUGACCUGGCCAUUACUGUUGCCCUGUGGUGGUUGGACAAAGAAGAGGGGCGGGAUGUGCUCGACAGAGACAUCAUUGGAGCAACAAGCUGCUCAGGAAGCGCUCAGUACCCAAACCGCUUGGAGCGAGAGGCCAUGAUCCUGUCCUCCUUUGCUGGGAUUAUCAUGAACCACCUUCCCGUGGAGGAGAUCCUGGCUCUGUACCGCUGCAAACCAGCAGCCUCAUUCCCCGACCAGCACUCCAAGGGCACACUGGUGUACCCCUUCACUCUGUCCUACCAUCCGUUAGCCAUGCUCGGAUCUUACAAGGCUGUGUACCACUCCAAGAAACACAGUAAGUGUGAAAAAUAA